AUGGGCUCCAUUCCUGAGCUACGAAAGCCAGCCGAUCCGGGGAAUCGAGCUAUCGACGACUACCGCCCAAUCAAGGUGAUUUGCAUUGGAGCCGGCAUGAGCGGUAUAACCGCGGGUUGCAUGAUUCCACAUCAAGUCCCCAACGUGGAAUUCGUCAUCUACGAGAAAAAUGAAGACGUCGGUGGAGGGUGGUACGAGAACCACUAUCCCGGAUUGCAGCCUGACUUGACGCCGCACACGUACCAGUACACGUUUGCCAGCAACCCUCGCUGGAGCCGGUUCUACCCUCCUGGCCCGGAAUUUGAGAACUACCUGAAGGUGGUGGCCAAGAAAUUCGGGGUCUACGAUCGCACCAAGUUCCGCCACCAGCUGUUGACCGCGAGAUGGAUCGAGGAUGACGGGCAGUGGGAGGUGGAGCUUCUCCGCCUGGACGACAACCAGGUUGUCAGAGACCGGGGUGAGGUUCUGAUCAGAUGCAUGGGCCUGGUCAAUGACUGGAAGUGGCCGGACAUUCCAGGGCGACAAGACUACGAGGGCAAGAUGAUUCACACCGCCAGGUGGGACGACUCGUACGAUGUGACGGGCAAGCGGGUGGCCGUCAUCGGCUACGGUGCCACAGGCGUCCAGAUCAUGCCCGCCAUCCAGCCCUUGGUGAAGUCGGUCGACCAUUACGUGCGCGGUCCACUGUGGGUGGCCCCGGCUGGCGGAACUGCCAUGGAGGAGAUCAUCGAACGGGGAGAGAGGCUGAACUUCGAUCAUCCGGCCGAGGAAAUCGAGAAGUUCUCCCAGGAGCCACUCACCUACUUGCGUUACCGGAAAAGGAUCGAACAGCUGUGCAACGGGUACCAGGCCGGGCUGCUGAAGGACACCGAAGCCAACGCACAGCUCCAAGCGCUGAUCGAGGCCAACAUGAAGGCUACGCUGGCGCCCAAACAGGGGUUCUUUGAACAGCUCAGACCUCCGUACCCAGCCGGCUGUCGCCGCUUGGUCAUGGGCCAACGAUGGAUGGAAGCCCUGGUCAAGCCCAAUGCUAAUCUCAUCCCAGGGGAGAUCCGACGGUUUACAAAGGAGGGCAUUGAGGACGCCGAUGGCAACAUCCGCAAGUACGAUGCCAUCAUCUGUGCGACGGGGUUUGACACGAAACUCGACAAUGCAAAGACACCCAUUCUCGGCCAAGGCGGCAUCACUCUGGCCGAAGUUUGGGAUCCAGAACCGGUGGCAUACCUGUCUCUGGGACUGGCGAAAAUGCCCAACAUGUUCCAGAUCUUCGGGCCCAACUCGGCCCCGGUGGCAGGAUCGAUUUGCCAUACCAUGGAGGGUGCUUGUGGCUACAUUGUCAAGUGUAUCACGAAGCUCCAGCAAGAGUACCUCAAGUCGAUGGUAGUUAGCCCACGCGCACUACAAGAUUGGAUGAACCAUGUCGACUAUUGGACCAGUAAGACGGUGCUGUCGGGAACGUGCCGGACGUGGUUCAAGCGAAACAUCGAGAACGGCCGGUCCAUCAUCAAUUGGCCCGGGUCGGCCAUGAACGCCUACCAUGCAUGGCGCAAUCCUCGCUGGGAGGACUGGGAGUACGAGUCGUGGCUGCCCGAAGGCCAAUCCCUUCGCUGGAUAGGCAACGGCAUGACCCACGCUGAACAGCACGGAACCGACACUACCGACUACAUGUCCUUUGCUGACCCCAAGACCGUUCUUACCGAUGAGGACUUCAAGGCGGUCGAGGGUGAGUGUAAGGGUGUUCCAAUCAGUUCAACAGUGGUUUAG